UCGAGCGAGCUCGCAAACUUCCCAGCAGGACCAGCCCGCUACUCAGGCAGCCUAGUGUGUAUAGUAGGAGCGAUGUCGGGGCCGUACGGAUUGUUUUGAGGAAAGUUGAUGGAACGUUUGGUUAUCUUUCGGAUCCUAGCGAAUCAUUUAAACGCAACAAAACUUCACAUUGUUGUUUACAGGAGGAUUCAUACUGACAAGACAUUAGCUGCAUUUAUACUCAAACUUUUUUUAAGUGUCAGUGCAGUCAAUGGGCUGACGACCUAAGCUAACCUUAGCUAGCGUAACGAAUGGGCUAGCUAGCUAAAGGUUUUGGAGAGCGAUUAAACUAACGUUAGCUAAACUUGCCAGCUAAAAGUUAGAUGAAAACGUAGUUCGGCUACCAACAACGAUAUAGCUAAUACUGUUGUUGGCGUAUGUUUCUGCUGUUUAACCCACGUUUGUUUCGACUGAAUGUGCAGGUAACGUUACUCUUUUGGCACUUGAGAAACUUCAUAGCCUGACUGAGAUAAUUCAGGAGCUAACGUUAGCACAGCUACUGCAGGUAUGGACUUUUUGUAGCUACUAAGCUAGCUAGCUGUAAUUGGGGCUUAUUUUUCACUGUCCGUAGUGGGACUGGGUCAACUUCCAUGUACACUCUGAUAAGUAGCUAGCUACAUAAAUAUAAUUUGUUCCUUCAAACUAGCGUAACUUUAUAGCUGGCUAGCUAGCUAAUCUUAGCACUCUAACUAGGUACUAGCUAGUUUAUUGGAUAGUUACGUUUCAGAAGUUGGUCCACAAAUAAACUUUUCCUGGAGAGGAAAGUAGCAAACGUGUCUUACCAGGACUUUGGAAUACCAUGUUGGGACCGUCUUGCCCAUUUGUGAUAUCGUUCUGAACGAUUCACAUUCCGAUGAGUUUAGAGGUCCUUUUGAAAGUUUGAUUUUGCAACAGCUUUGCACUCUUCCGAUGAGUUUAGAGGUCCUUUGAAAGUUUGAUUUUGCAACAGCUUUGCACUCUAUGGUGCGGCUACAGACACCGAGAAAUGGAUGUUUCCAAGGCCGGUUUCCCAAACGGUGAGGGGCGACCGAAAGACACUGGAGAGCAUGCCUGGACAGAUUCCCCCACCGCAAGAGCUUGGGCUCAUUCUGCUCCCCUGUCCCGAUCGCUGUGGACGGCUGUGUUUGACUAUGGAAGUACUGGAGAAGAUGAACUUAGUCUGCGGCGGGGGGACGUGGUUGAGGUCCUCUCAAAGGAUGCUGCGAUCUCGGGAGAUGAAGGAUGGUGGACGGGUAAAAUUAACCACCGAGUCGGGAUUUUCCCUGCAAAUUAUGUUACGUGUCAACCUGCAAUUUACAGACUUCCCGACGGUAGCACGGUAGGGGUGCGGGAGCGUCCGAGUACUCCAGUGCAAAUAGAUUUUAGUGAACUCGUUUUAGAGGAAAUAAUCGGUGUCGGGGGAUUCGGUAAAGUUUAUCGAGGGGCAUGGAAGGACCAAGAGGUCGCUGUAAAGGCAGCCCGACAGGAUCCAGACGAAGACAUUACUGCAACUUCGGACGGUGUUAAACAAGAGGCCAAGCUCUUCUCCAUGCUACAACAUCCCAAUAUAAUAAAACUUGAAGGUGUCUGUCUUGAGGAGCCGAACCUGUGCUUGGUGAUGGAAUAUGCUCGCGGAGGGACUCUUAACAGGGCUUUGACUGGUCGGAGGAUACCCCCACACAUUCUUGUCAACUGGGCUGUUCAAAUCGCCAGGGGCAUGCACUACCUACAUGAGGAGGCUGUUGUGCCCAUUAUUCACCGCGACCUGAAAUCCUGCAACAUUUUAUUACUUGAAAAAAUUGAGAACGAUGACAUUGGAAGGAAGACUUUGAAAAUCACAGACUUUGGCCUGGCCAGAGAGUGGCACAACACCACCGAGAUGAGUGCUGCUGGCACGUACUCAUGGAUGGCCCCUGAAGUCAUCAAGUCCUCCCUCUUCUCCAAAGGCAGCGAUGUCUGGAGUUAUGGGGUCCUGUUAUGGGAGUUGCUGACAGGAGAGGUGCCUUACCGUGGGAUUGAUGGGCUGGCUGUGGCCUAUGGUGUGGCUGUCAACAAGUUAACCCUCCCUAUUCCAUCCACCUGCCCAGAACCCUUCGCCAAGCUCAUGGAAGAGUGCUGGGAGCAGGACCCCCACAUCCGGCCGUCGUUUGCCUCCAUCCUGGAGCAGCUGACAGCCAUAGAGGAGGCGGUGAUGGCCACUAUGCCCCAGGACUCCUUCCACUCCAUGCAGGAGGACUGGAGGGUGGAGAUCCAGGAGAUGUUUGACGAGCUCAGGACAAAAGAAAAGGAGCUGCGUUCCCGGGAGGAGGAGCUGACGCGUGCGGCGCUGCAGCAGAAGUCCCACGAGGAGCUGCUGAAGAGGAGAGAGCAGCAGCUGGCAGAGCGGGAGAUCAACGUGCUGGAGAGGGAACUCAACAUCCUCAUCUUCCAGCUCAACAAGGACAAGCCCAACGUCAAGAAGAGGAAGGGCAAGUUCAAACGUAGCCGCCUCAAACUCAAGGACGGCAACCGCAUCAGCCUGCCGUCAGAUUUCCAGCACAAGAUCACAGUGCAGGCGUCACCCUCCAUGGACAAGAGGAGGAGUCUGAACAGCUCCAGCCCCCCCAGCAGCCCCACACUCAUACCCCGCCUCCGGGCCAUCCAGUUGACUCUGGACGAGAGCAACAGAACAUGGGGACGAAGCACCAUCUACAAGCCGGAGGAGUUUGAUGAUGUCAAGAAGGGGAUUAAGAAGAAGGGGCGAACGUGGGGACCGAGCUCCGUUCAGACCAAGGAGCGGGGAAACUGUGCUGAAAGAGUGAGGCCACUGUCUGAUGGAAACAACCCCUGGUCCACCAGUCUGGUGAAGUCCCAGAAGUCAGUUCCGUUGGCUGCGUUGUUUGCAGAGCAGCAAGGGACCAAUAAAGAUGAGAUGUGCUCACCAGAUGGCUCGGACAACACCAAACCAAAGCAACUGAAGUUCCCCAAUCAGGUGUACAUCGAUCUACCUCUGUGGAAGGAUGAGCAGCAGCAGGGGGGUGAGGGGACGGCAGGAGGCUUCCCAGGGGAAAGCCUGGAGGACCCCAGCACCACCUCAGCCAGCUCCACCAGCACCACCCCCCAGCACACCCCCACCAACAGCCUGAAGAGGGCCUCAGCUCGCCGCCGGACAGAUACUGUGCUCUACGUCUGUGCCUCGAUGCUGGCCUCGGUGGGGCUGGGCUUCGACCUGUGUGACACGCUCAAGGCACCACCGGGAGACGACCCUGAGCCCCAGCCCAGCGUGGAGAAAAAGAAGAAAGAGGGGCUGUUCCAGCGCGCCACACGCUUCCGCCGCAGCACCAGCCCCCCUGGUGUACGUUCCUCCCGCAAGGAGGAGGCAGCCUUACCCUUGUCGGCAGCCUCCCAAGGCCCUGUCAACCUCAUCUCCAUGUCCUCCAUCUCAGAGUGCAACUCCACCAAGUGCCUCCUGCAGUCGGACGUGGAGGGGCCUGAGCCCAGCCCUGUGAAGGAGGUAGACCCCAGAGCACAGCCCAACAGCGGCUCCCAGCCACAGGGUCCACAGGGGCCGGGCAGCAGGACUCCAGCUGAGGUCGAGCCCCUCCCCCAGCCUGCAGCCCCAGAGCAGACUCCGCCUCAGAGCAUGGGCUCUCGCCUCCGGAGGAAGAAGUCGUCCGUCGUUCAGGACACUAAUGGUACAUCUGGCUUUCACACGACCUCAUCGGGACAGUCUUCCACCACGACCUCUCAGAAGAAGAAGUCUGACAGGGAGGAGACACCUGAGACAGCAGCCAGUGGGGAGACUGUCGCCUCCAGGCCCCGGCCUCUGUCCCUCCGGGGCAAACCCCACUCCUGGGGUCUCCUGAGUGGCCGCAACAAGAGCUACUCCCUGGGCCACUACUCUGGAGAGAAGAGCGCCAGGAGCCUCAACAUCGUCCUCUCCUCCGCCGAGGUCAAGAUGGACUGCUCUCUGCUGGACAUGGACACGGAGGGGCAGAAACGUGACUGCACCGUGCCCCUCUGCCGAAUUCAGAGCGGCCCCAUUCGCCCCUCCGUCUUCGAACUAGAGAAAAAGUUCUUGUCAUAGCAGAAAUAAGCUGCCUUAUUACCAGGGUACCAGAGCACAAUUUUCAACUAAUGUUUCAGUUGGAUCAACAACUCUUAUUUGACAUUCCAGGGCAUUCCACUGCCCUCGUUGUUUUUACCUGAAUGUGGGCCACUGCUGCUUGACGAUACCUGUGCUUUUUUAUUUAUAUCUGUAAUAUUUUGAUAGGUAAUUUAAUAUUGGGGGGGAAAAACAUGUUUCAAUAGCAUCAGGUUGAUUGAACAACGAAGGAACAUAUUCCAUUUUCUGUUGCAAAAAUGUCACAAUUUUUCUGCACACACACUGGUUUGGAUCUUGGCAUCUCAAGUUAGAAAAUUAUGCGUACUUUCAAAUGUCAAACAAUGUUAAUUUGCUUUUGUUUGUAAAAAUAUUUUUCUCCAUUUUGAUUUAAUGCUGGUAAUUAUUUUGUAUUGAUUUUGUUUAUCGUUGUUAUUUUAUAGAUACCACAGUGUUUAUUUUAGGACAAGUUCUGUCCAAUGUCAGAGGUAAUAUUGAAUGUCUUCUGUCUGGAAGUCAACAUGUGGCUCAACUGACAUAUGUAGAGUAACAGUGCAACCAACAACACUGGAGAUCCUAAUCUCAACACUGAAACACUAAACCAGGCAGUAACAGUGCAACCAACAACACUGGAGAUCCUAAUCUCAACACUGAAACACUAAACCAGGCAGUAACAGUGCAACCAACAACACUGGAGAUCCUAAUCUCAACACUGAAACACUAAACCAGGCAGUAACAGUGCAACCAACAACACUGGAGAUCCUAAUCUCAACACUGAAACACUAAACCAGGCAGUAACAGUGCAACCAACAACACUGGAGAUCCUAAUCUCAACACUGAAACACUAAACCAGGCAGUAACAGUGCAACCAACAACACUGGAGAUCCUAAUCUCAACACUGAAACACUAAACCAGGCAGUAACAGUGCAACCAACAACACUGGAGAUCCUAAUCUCAACACUGAAACACUAAGCCAGGCAGUAACAGUGCAACCAACAACACUGGAGAUCCUAAUCUCAACACUGAAACACUAAGCCAGGCCUGGUCAGCCUCUACUUUACCACUAUACGACUAGACAAGCGUUACAAACCACUGAACCCGUACCACUACUGUACAUAAAGACUAUUCAGCAUUAUGAGCUGCUAUGGUUUAUGUGGAAUAUGACCAUUUGGCUCGAAACCAAUUCACAUGGGGGGCUUAGUCUACCUAGCUUCCUGUGCAAACACUAUUUUGAAGAACAAAGAGAUGGGAAUUGGAUGGGGAAAAGUAUGAAGGUGUUUAUUUGGCUUAUCAUAAAUGUAUAUUUUGUCUGAAUGGUUAUGAUUACAGUAUUAUUUCACACCUUUGUUCAUAAAGAUAAAAUGCCUAAAGAUGGAAUGACAUUUUGAAAAAACAUAUUCCAAUACUUGUUUGAGAAACAGUUAGAUGUAGUAUUCCUUAGCUUUUUGUUAAUAUGAAAAUGAUUGCUGACAGGAACUGCCUUCUUGUUGAUGCCACUAGACUACACAAGUUAUCGUCUAAAUAUUCAGUUCCCAUUUAAGUCCCAUGCAAGUCAUUAGUACCGAGCAACAUGUAAAUAUCCAAUGUACAGUAUUUUUGUUCGUCCCGUUAUACUGUUUACAAAGAAUACUGAAUGUUAAAUAAUCUCUCCUUUUGUAGUACUGUUUAAAUCUUGAGCACUUCUCUUGAUUUUAAAUCAACAUUCCUAAUGGUACAUCCCAGUCAGCUGUUGAAGUCAAUACAACUGGAAGAACAUUUAUUUUUAUUUUUUUAACACUGCCUUUGAGAUCACAUCACUGUCAUAGCUAGAGCGUUUAUGGGGUCCUUGCUAUAUCCUGACAUGUUAUGCCUGCCAUUAAUACAACAAAUUUGAUAAGG